GAAAACUUCAGAAGCCCAUCCUGAGGGCUGAUCCAGGCUCUGUGGUCAGCAGAGGCAAUGCUGUGACUAUCUGGUGCAAGGGUGCUAUGCAAACCCAAAUAUGCUUCCUGCAUAAAGAAGGAUCCCCAGCUCCCUUGGAUCAACAAUCUCCUCGUGGGAGUCUUAACAAUGCCGAGUUCUCCAUCACACCAGUGGAGAAGAAUCAUGCAGGGCAAUAUCGCUGUUACUGUUACAACUCUGCCGGUUGGUCAGAAGGCAGUGAUGCCCUGGAGCUGGUGGUGACAGGAGUCUACCAGAGCAAAGUCUCCUUGUCAGCCCAGCCCAGCCCUGUGGUGGCCUCAGGAGGUUAUGUCACACUUCAGUGUUCCUCCCAAGAGAGAUAUAACAAGCUCGUUUUAAUGAAGGAUAGACAAAAAUCCCCCUGGCUUUGGGCCUCAAGGAAUGCAAACACUGGUGUAUUCCAGGCCCUAUUCACAGUGGGUCCUGUGACCCCCAACCAGAGAUGGAGAUUCACAUGCUAUGGCUAUUAUGUGAACAACCCCCAGAUGUGGUCAGCACCCAGUAACCAUCUAGAACUUCUGGUCUCAGGGACCCUCCAGAAACCCAACAUCUGGGCCGAGCCAGGCUCUGUGAUCGACGUAGGGAAGUCUGUGGCAAUCUACUGUGAGGGAACCAGGCAAACCCAAAUAUACUUCCUAUAUAAAGAAGGAUCUACAGGACCCUGGGACAGAUUAACCGCACCUGUGCCAUAUCACAAGGCCAAGUUUGUCAUACCCUCUGUGAACGAGCAUCAUGCAGGGCAAUAUCGCUGUUACUGUUAUAAUUCUGGAGGGUGGACUCAGCACAGUGAUUCCCUGCAGUUGGUAGUGAUAGGUGUCUACCAUGGUAAACCUAGUCUCCCAGCCCUACCCAGCCCUGUGGUGAUGGCAGGUGGGAAUGUGACACUCCAGUGUGUCUCAUCAAAGCCCUAUGAUUGUUUCAUCAUAACUGGGGAAGACCCGAAUUUCUCCAGCGACCCCAAGGCAGCUCUUAACAAUGCCGAGUUCUCCAUCACAUCAGUGGAGAAGAAUCAUGCAGGCCAAUAUCGCUGUUACUGUUACAACUCUGCCGGUUGGUCAGAACGCAGUGAUGCCCUGGAGCUGGUGGUGACAG